AUGAUAUUAUACACCGCAGUCGAUAAAUCUACAUUACGGCCUCGUUGCAGCCGGACGGUUCGUUGUCCCGCGGCGGUAAAUGCCACCGAUGUAAAAUGAAAACAUAUUUCAACGAUUUUUUUUUUUUUUUAAUACGUUUAACAGAACUUCGCUCAGAAUCGGUUUUCGUUUGCAAUGCGAUUCGCUGCGUACAGUAAUAAUUUUGAUUACACCUUACGCGUCUUACUUUCGGAACUCCACGCUCACAACAGUGGCACACCCAUCAGCAUAACUGGUUUCAUUAUUAUUAUUUUUUUUUUUUUAAUUCGGUAUAAAAAUAAUCGCAAAGACCUGAAAUUUACAUUUUAAAAUUUAAUACGAGGUUAAUUAUAAGUUAUACAAAAUGGUAAAAAAUAAAAAGACGAGCGUAAUAAGUAGUUUUUUUUCAUAAUCGUGUUUUAAGUUGGAAUCCGUAAAAAUUACAGCAUUUCAAAAGAAUCAUUUUUCGUUAAUGAUGAUUUAUCAUUGCGUACAGAUAUCAAUUGUAAAUUAAAUAAUUCUAUACUCUCUGUGUUCACAACUUCUCACCUACAACAGUGUCGGCUAUUUAUUUUGUUUUGUUAAUGUCUAUAAACAACUUUCAAUCGCUACAAUACCUACGCCUUACUUUCUUCAGACGAAACACGGUCCGGUGCGAAUCUACAGCUCUUUUAUCCGGAACAUUUGAUCACGGGCGAAGAAUCCGCGGCACAUUUGAUCACGCCCGUGGAUAUUUCGCUGGACGGAAAAUCAUCGACCUGGUGUUUGAACCGUCGAAUCCUCAGUAUCCUCGCCGAACAGUGCACCGGGCUACAAGGAGUUUGGAUGUUCCACUCGUUCGGCGGGGGUACCGAGCCCGGUUAUACUGCGCUACUCAUGGUUCGGCUUAAUAUCAAUUGCCCGGAGAAAAACAAAUUUCAAAUCGCCGUUUAUCCGGCACCUCGAGUGAGUCAACAGUACGGAAUUACUGUUAACCUGACCGGUGACUUGCCGCCUGUAUAA